AUGACGCGUUCAGCGGCUUGGUGGGAAGUCGCGCGGCAGGAGCAGGUCGCGGUGCCUGUGUUACGGCAAGUAUUGGAACAGGGGUACGAGGUAGCGGGAUUGCCGAAGCCGGAGCGGGGUGUGGUAUUCCGACCGUUAUGGCUUUGGCAUUGGGGGCACGUGGCCUUGGUUAUGUGUACCUUCGUGUGCGCUUAUGGUGCAAGUGUACACUUUGUGUUGCCCCGGUCGCCGGCUGCAUUGGCGCCGGUGCUGUUGGACCCGAGGUUGUUACUGGACCUGGCGGUCUUCGCGGCUGGUUGGCACGUGGUGGAGUUGCUGACUACUCCGCCUGCACGCCGACCUUUGCGUCGUCUGAUUCGACAUUGGUUGCUGUACGUCUUAUGUGCCGCGCUUCUCGACGUUGUUCUCGUCGGCAUCAUGUGGGUACUCAAGAACGGCGGAUCCGCCUAUGAAGACGUUUCUGAAACGACUAUCUCCAAGUCCCUUGGUGCUGCCUACGACUCAGUUGCCCAUUCUGCCCGCCACUGGGGACAUCGCGCAGUCGACACCUUCAGAGGCCAUGACGACUCCAGUCUGGCGCCCAGUUUAGCGCCAGACGUGAUACCCGCCAACGGGCAGAGUGUGGACUCUCUACUGCUCCAGAACGGACUCAAGAAUGGCUCGCCCGAAGAAGUCCGGCACUUGCUGCGGCCCGACAGCCUCGCCGCCCUCGUGCACAACUUGAAUGACGCCGCGCUCAACCUCGUCGGACUCGAUAAGGCUUUCUGGAGAGGCCACCCUCGGGGCCUGUUCGUCACACAGACCGCGGACAUGGAAGACCUAGAGGAGGCCGACCUACCUCAGAGCGCGUACCCACGACUGCUCUACGCCUUCCCGUCCGGCUUUCUAGAUGGACUUUUCGGCGGGGCAGUCCCCUCCUCCUCUGCGGAAAGCACAGCCGGGGUCGACGGGGGGGCCGACAGCAGGACCGAAGGCUGGGCAUCGGCGGUGCGCAAUUCGACCAUCAGUUCGCGACUUAGUUCGUAUUGGCAGAGGACCACCUUCGUGUAUGCGCUGGCUAAGUACCUGGCCAUCUGGCUGGUGGCCUGUCUGCCAUACGUCCAACGUCUGGUCGUCCUACUCAUCUGGCUGAAACAGUACUUUUCUUGUCUCGAGCUUUCGAUCUUCCUGCUGCAACUCAUCGCGCUCUACACCGUCGUCUCAGAGGCCAUCGCCAGCGGUACCUUCGCCAUCAGCGGCCGUGGCGACCUGACCCGCAAACUCGCCGACCCCCCCAUGUGGAGCUCACUUACCAACUACCUCGGAACGAUCGAGGUCACUACCAAACACCUCGGUACAAAAUCCAGACCCAGGACGCCACCCACUGCGCCCGAACAAGUCAGUACAACACAGGACGCGGCUGAAUGCGAUAUGAGUCCCGGGCAAGUCAAGGGGGUAGAAGCGAAGGGGGUAGAAGUCAAGGGGGUAGAAGCGAAGGGGGGAGAGAUCGGAGUGAGAGCCGAGGGCGUAAAGGCCGAGGACGUAAAAGACACGCGGGUAAAAGCCAAGGGGACAUUCGGACCCCCUUGCUGA